AUUGUCUUCAGACAGUCUACUACUUAAGAACCCCCCUUCCUUUCAUUCAUGUCAAAAGGAUGACUUUAAUUUUUUUCUAUAAUGAAAAUUGUUCAGAGCUUUCAAGAGAUAUUAAAAGAAAACAAAUAUGACACAAUAGCUUGUGAUAUUUAUGGUGUCAUUCAUGACGGCAUUCAAGCUUACCCAUUUGCAACAUCUGCUCUAAAGCAGCUCAAGGACAAUAACGAGCGUGUGGUCCUACUGUCGAACUCAACAAGACUACAAGACAAGUUGGAAACAAGCAUGGCAUCGAAAUUUGGAAUUGAAGGCACGUUGUAUGAGAGUAUUUUGUCUAGUGGCACCUUGACAAAAUUGUUUUUGGAAGAUAUUGCCGCAUACAAGGUAAGAGGCCAACAAGGAGCGUCUUGUCAUGCCACAGUGGUCAAAGAGGGAGAACAGAGACGCAUGGAACCAAAAGAAUUUGCAGAUCGAUACUUGAAGACCGGUCGAUUCUUCCUGGCGGGCGAUCCAGACUGGCAGGAACCACUGUAUGUCCAUCUGGCCCCUACGAUCGAACGGGUUCACAGUUAUGAAUCGAUUGACUUUGUCUUGCUCGGAUCUAUUCGUGGACUCUUUCCCGAUACGAACCCUGUUGAUCCAUUUGAUGAAAAGGCAGUACGAGCAGAUUAUCAGCCACUGCUCGACACAUGCCUGGAACGUGGCAUUCCCAUCAUCUGCGCCAAUCCUGAUGUAUUUGCGCCUAAUGGAGUGAACCCAGAUGGAAGCACUAAAUUGUUGAUAUGUCCUGGAUAUAUUGGGAAGAUGUAUGAACAGAUGGGUGGUGAAGUGUUGUAUUUUGGUAAACCGUUCUCAAGUAUUUAUGAUUACCUCAUCGCUCAUCGUUCAACAUUGGAAAAUGAGUCAUCAAGGAACAAGAUAAUUUGUGUGGGCGAUAACGUAGCAACUGAUGUUCGAGGUGCGACGGAGGCCGGACUUGACGUUGUCAUGAUCUUGGGUGGCGUUCAUGGACAAGAGUUGAAACAAUUCGACAAUGAUGAUGCAUUAAAGGCAUACGUGAAAGAUCUUUGUAGACAGAAUGGUAGUAAAGAACCAACCUAUCUGAUGCCAUUACUCAAAUAUUAGAAAUAAAAGAGAGGUCACAACGUACCAAAUCAGGCAGUUUCUAACAGAGAGACGGGGUUGUUGGUUUUUUUUUUUUUUACGCUUGACCCUUUUUUUUUU